AUGGAUGCCGAGUCGACUCAGCGGCAGCAAGCCCAGUUGAUGGCGAUUCUGGGCCCGGACCCGGCGCCCUUCGAGACCCUGAUCUCACACUUGAUGUCUACGGCCAACGAGCAGCGGUCACAGGCCGAGUCGAUCUUCAAUUUGCUUAAACAGAAUGAUCCCAACUCGCUUGCCUUGAAACUUGCCAACCUGCUUUCCUCAUCCGCCCACCCCGAGGCCCGCGCCAUGGCCACCAUCCUCCUCCGGAAGCAGUUGACCCGGGAUGAGUCUUUCAUCUGGCCGAAACUCACUGACUCCACUCGCGCGGCCGUUAAAAACAUCCUCCUAUCCGUCAUCCAGAGCGAGGAGACUAAAUCGGUUAUCAGAAAGCUGUGCGACACCAUAUCGGAGCUUGCCUCCUCGCUCCUCCCCGCCAACGAGUGGCCCGAGAUAUUGCCUUUCAUCUUUCAAUGCGUGACUUCCAGCUCCACUAAACUGCAGGAAUCCGCUUUCCUGAUGUUCUCUCAACUGGCUCAAUUCAUAGGAGAAAUGCUGAUUCCUUACAUCACGGAUUUGCACACUGUUUUCUUGAAUGUGCUAAACAAUUCCCCCAAUCCUGAUGUUAAGAUUGCCGCCUUGAGUGCGGUUAUCAAUUUUAUCCAAUGUCUGUCGAGUUCCAAUGAUCGGGAUAGGUUCCAGGAUUUGUUGCCCUCAAUGAUGAGGACUUUGACCGAGGCACUCAACUCAGGUCAGGAGGUCACCGCCCAGGAGGCUUUGGAGCUGUUGAUAGAGUUGGCAGGGACCGAGCCCAGGUUUUUGCGCAGGCAGAUUGUCGAUGUUGUGGGGUCCAUGUUGCAGGUGGCUGAAGCCGAUAGCUUGGAGGAGGGCACGCAGCACUUGGCUAUUGAAUUUGUGAUUACUCUGGCCGAAGCGCGAGAUAGGGCCCCCGGCAUGAUGCGCAAGCUACCACAAUUUAUCAGCAGGCUCUUUGCUAUUUUGAUGAAGAUGCUUUUGGAUGUAGAGGAUGAUCCUGCGUGGCAUAGUGCAGAGGCUAAGGAUGAGGAUGCAGGGGAGACGAGUAAUUAUUGUGUCGGGCAGGAGUGCUUGGACAGACUUGCAAUUGCCCUUGGUGGGAACACUAUAGUUCCUGUGGCAUCAGAGCAGCUGCCGGCUUACCUGUCGGCACCUGAGUGGCAGAAGCAUCACGCCGCCCUCAUUGCCCUUGCGCAGAUUGCAGAGGGUUGUUCUAAGGUCAUGAUUAAGAACCUGGAGCAAGUAGUGAACAUGGUUUUGAAGUCCUUCCAACACCCUCAUCCUCGUGUGAGAUGGGCCGCAAUUAAUGCAAUUGGUCAGCUCUCAACUGAUUUGGGCCCAGAUUUGCAAGUGCAGUACCACCAGCAUGUGCUGCCAGCUUUAGCUUCAGCAAUGGAUGAUUUUCAAAAUCCACGAGUACAGGCACAUGCAGCUUCAGCUGUGUUGAACUUCAGUGAAAAUUGUACACCAGAAAUUUUGACACCCUACUUGGAUGGGAUAGUGCACAAAUUACUUCUGCUGCUACAGAAUUCCAAACAAAUGGUGCAGGAAGGUGCAUUAACUGCUUUAGCUUCAGUUGCUGAUUCGUCUCAGGAAUACUUCCAGAAAUACUAUGUUGCUGUUAUGCCUUACUUGAAAACUAUCUUGGUAAGUGCAACCGAUAAGUCUAACCGAAUGCUUCGUGCCAAAGCAAUGGAGUGCAUCAGCUUGGUAGGGAUGGCCGUUGGAAAAGAUACAUUCAAGGAGGAUGCCAAGCAGGUCAUGGAAGUCCUCAUGUCAUUGCAAGGAUCACAAAUGGAGACAGAUGAUCCGACAACUAGCUAUAUGUUACAAGCAUGGGCUCGACUUUGCAAGUGCUUGGGACAGGAUUUUCUACCCUAUAUGAGUGUGGUCAUGCCUCCUUUGCUUCAGUCUGCUCAGCUAAAGCCUGAUGUGACUAUCACUUCUGCUGAUUCAGACAAUGAAUAUGAUGAAUCAGAUGACGAAAGCAUGGAGACCAUAACCCUAGGUGAUAAAAGAAUAGGAAUUAAAACUAGUGUUCUUGAAGAGAAGGCUACUGCGUGUAAUAUGCUUUGUUGCUAUGCUGAUGAGUUGAAGGAAGGUUUCUUUCCCUGGAUCGAUCAGGUGGCCCCAACUUUAGUUCCGCUUUUGAAGUUUUAUUUUCAUGAAGAAGUUAGGAAAGCUGCUGUUUCAGCAAUGCCGGAGCUGUUGCGCUCUGCAAAGUUGGCCGUGGAGAAAGGGAUUGCUCAGGGCCGUAAUGAGACAUAUGUUAAGCAGCUAUCUGACUAUAUAAUUUUACCCUUAGUGGAAGCUUUACAUAAGGAGCCUGAUACAGAGAUUUGUGCCAGUAUGUUGGAUGCGUUGAAUGAAUGUGUCCAGGUAUCUGGACAGCUUCUGGAUGAAAGUCAGGUUAAAAGCAUAGUUGACGAGAUCAAACAGGUAAUCACUGCUAGCUCAAGCAGAAAGAGGGAGAGAGCUGAAAGAGCAAAGGCUGAGGAUUUUGAUGCUGAGGAGGGAGAAUUGCUUAAAGAGGAAAACGAGCAAGAAGAAGAAGUGUUUGACCAAGUUGGUGAAAUUUUGGGAACGUUGAUCAAAACAUUCAAGGCCUCUUUCUUGCCCUUCUUUGAUGAACUCUCGUCAUACUUGAUGCCUAUGUGGGGAAAGGAUAAGACUGCUGAAGAGAGAAGGAUUGCUAUUUGCAUAUUUGAUGACGUGGCUGAGCAAUGUCGUGAAGCAGCUCUUAAGUAUUAUGAUACAUAUCUUCCUUUUCUCUUGGAAGCAUGCAAUGAUGAAAAUCCUGAUGUCCGGCAGGCUGCUGUCUAUGGGCUUGGGGUAUGUGCAGAAUUUGGUGGUUCUGUGUUCAAACCGCUAGUGGGAGAGGCUCUUUCGAGGCUGAAUGCUGUUAUCAGAGAUCCCAAAGCUUUGCAGGCAGAAAAUGUGCUGGCAUACGAUAAUAGUGUUUCAGCCCUGGGAAAGAUAUGCCAAUUUCACCGUGACCGUAUUGAUUCAGCUCAGGUGGUUCCUGCAUGGCUGAGUUGCUUGCCAAUAAAAGGUGAUCUUAUUGAAGCAAAAGUAGUUCACGACCAGCUUUGCUCCAUGGUCGAGAGGUCUGAUAGAGAACUUUUGGGACCCAACAAUCAGUAUCUUCCUAAAAUUGUCUCUGUGUUUGCUGAGAUUCUUUGUGCAGGCAAGGAUCUUGCCACAGAGCAAACUGCUAGUAGAAUGAUUAGUUUGUUGAGACAUUUACAACAAACACUGCCCCCAUCGACCUUUGCUUCCACGUGGUCGUCCUUGCAGCCCCAGCAGCAGCUGGCACUGCAGUCAAUUCUUUCAUCAUAA